AUGGAUUACCGCAGUGCGCCGAACAAAGUGGAAACGGCGUUUGAAAGGGCAGCCACAACAAAUUCUGCGGAGCAGGCUGUGCCGCAGAGUACUCCUCAAGUUGAUCCAGCAGUGCAAGAUCAAGAUACCACUGCUUGCCUGGGCUUCGAUGACACACUUCUAAGUGAUUCGGAAUCACCAGAGAUGCCUCUUGCACCCAUCAGUGAUGAUGACCCUCAGCAUUCGGCAGUACCUUGUGAAAGACUAGGACAGGCUCAUCCAGUUACACAAGCUGAUGCUGCAUGCCAAACAGAGCCAGAAUGCCGAGGAAACCUGAUCAUCCUCCUGUCAACAACAAACGGGUCUGAGGCAUCAACUCAAGUUUCUCACACCGAACAAUGUGACAAGGUCACUGGGACUGAUGGAAGCUGGAAGAGGAAGUGUGAAUUCUUUGGAUUUGAGACACUUAAGCAAAAGGAGACUGCUUUGCGAGAUAUAUGCGGAGUCACCAUACAGGUCUUUAGUCUUUUGCUCAAUGUUCUGCCACAGCCCAGCUACCGAAGCAGACAUGACCCGUGA